GUUCCGUUUUUGAAUGUGUGGAACUGUUCACUAAAACCAGCCAAAUAAAUCAGUUGUAUUUGGUUUUAUUCCCUAUUAAUGCUACAUAAUGAACGUCCAACCUUCAAACCCUAAUAAUCCCAUUGUGUUUUUUGAUGUGACAAUCGGAGGACAGGAAGUUGGAAGAAUGAAGAUUGAACUGUUUGCAGAUGUUGUUCCCAAGACUGCUGAGAAUUUCCGGCAGUUCUGCACAGGAGAAUUCAGGAAAGACGGUGUUCCUAUCGGAUUCAAAGGAUGCACGUUCCAUAGGGUUAUUAAAGACUUCAUGAUUCAAGGUGGCGACUUUGUAAAUGGAGAUGGCACGGGAAUCUGCAGCAUCUACAGAGGUCCAUUUGCAGAUGAAAAUUUUAAACUGAAACAUUCUACUCCUGGCUUGCUGUCUAUGGCAAAUAGUGGCCCAGGAACAAAUGGCUGCCAGUUUUUCAUCACUUGUACAAAAUGUGACUGGUUAGACGGGAAGCACGUAGUGUUCGGCAAAGUGGUGGAUGGUUUGCUCAUCAUGAGAAAAAUUGAGAACGUGCCUACAGGACCAAACAACAAACCCAAACUACCCAUCGUCAUCGCCCAGUGUGGAGAAAUGUGAUCCUUUCUUUUGUUUCCAUUCUUCUGUUCAAACAGCUUUAUUGUUGUCACAUGUAUGCAGUGGUUUAUUAUAUUCAUGUCACCCAAAAGAGAAACCUUUAAUCGUGAUUUUUUUUGUGUGUGCGUGGUUUUCUGACAUUAUUGUGAUCUACAACAUCACUAUGCUCUAAUACAUUAUCUGUUUCACAAAUUCCAACAUGAAUAACUGUGAUGUCCUCCUAUAAAUUUAGUAAGAUGAUCUAACAAAAUGGUGAGACAAAUCCAGAAAACAAGUGUCUCCUGUUUCUCUUGAGGUAUAAGAAUACUUUCAUUGUCCAUCUUUUGCAUCGCUUUACACUUAACUAUUCACAGUGUUGUCUGACUGCAUUCUCUGCCAAGUAUCCUGAAUAAAUUUCAGCUUUUUUGUAAGGAA